UAUUUCCUCCUCACUGUGAUGUGCUAUGACCGCUACGUGUCCAUCUGCAAACCCCUGCACUACGGGACCCUCCUGGGCAGCAGAGCUUGUGCCCACAUGGCAGCAGCUGCCUGGGCCAGUGCCUUUCUCAAUGCUCUCAUGCACACGGCCAAUACAUUUUCCCUCCCCCUGUGCCAGGGCAAUGUUCUGGGCCAGUUCUUCUGUGAAAUCCCACACAUCCUCAAGCUCUCCUGCUCCAAAUCCUACCUCAGGGAACCUGGGAUUAUUGUGGUUUCUGCCAAUUUAUCAUUUGGCUGUUUUAUGUUCAUUGUUUUCUCCUAUGUGCAGAUCUUCAGGGCUGUGCUGAGGAUCCCCUCUGAGCAGGGACGGCACAAAGCCUUUUCCACCUGCCUCCCUCACCUGGCCGUGCUCUCCCUGUUCCUCAGCACUGGCACAUUUUUCCAGCUGAAGCCCCCCUCCAUCUCCUCCCCAUCCCUGGAUCUAGCACUGUCAGUUCUGUACUCAGUGGUGCCUCCAGUCCUGAACCCCCUCAUCUAUAGCCUGAGGAACCAGGAGCUCAAGGCUGCAGUGUGGACACUGAUAACUGGAUGA